AUGGCACCGAAGGAUCGAAUUCGGGGUGAUGGCUCGACAAAGUCGACACUCAAUAUCCACCAAGUCCGCGUCCAGGAAGACGACCAGCAGCACAACAACCCGACAGCAGACAUCUCCGACGGGGAAGGCACAGUCGCCCCCAGAAAGCCCUUGGCAUUCUACCUAUCAUUCAUCGGCAUCUGCUUCUCCGCACUGGUCUGCGCACUCGACGCCACCUCGCUCGGUGUGGCCAUCCCGUCUAUCGCCGAGCAACUCGGCGGCACGACGCUGCAGUCCUUCUGGGCCAGCAUCGCCUACCUCCUCUGCGUCGUCACCACCCAGCCGCUCUACACCGCCGUCUCCGACGUCUUCGGCCGCAAGCCGCCCCUCUACCUGGCCUACGCCUUCUUCGCCGCGGGUUCCCUAGUUUUCGCGCUGGCGGGGAACAUGCCCGCCGUCAUAGCGGGCAGGGUGCUCCAGGGCCUCGGCGGCGGGGGCAUGGACGUCCUCGGCGAGAUCGUCGUCGCCGACAUGACGACCCUGCGCGAGCGCCCGGUCUACCUGGGCGUCAAGGCCCUGCCGAUGGCCGUCGGGAGCAUCCUGGGGCCGACAAUGGGCGCCCUGUUCAGCUCCUUCGCCUCGUGGCGCUGGAUAGGCUGGGUGAACCUCCCGCUCCUGGGUGUCGCCGCCCCGCUCGUCUUCUUCUUCCUGCGUCUGCGACCUGCCGACACGGCACCCCUCGGCGACAAGCUCGCGCGGCUGGACUGGGGCGGCGCCGCCCUGGCGCUCGCCGGCACCACCGCCCUUGUCCUGCCCCUCAGCUGGGCCGGCACGCUCUACCCCUGGCGCAGCUGGCAGACGCUCCUCCCGCUGGUCUCAGGCCUCGCCCUCCUCGCCGCCUUCGGCGCCUACGAGGCCCGCCCCGCGCACCCGAUCGUGCCGCACCGCGUGCUGCGCUCCCGCACCGCCGCGGCCACGCUCGUCGGCAACUUCGCCCACGGCGCCAUGCUCUUCGCCCUGCUGCAGUACCUGCCCCUGUUCUUCCAGGCCGUCGCGCUCGAGACGCCCAUCCGCUCGGCCGUGCUGCUGCUGCCGACCAGCGCGGCCAGCGUCGCGGCGGCCGUGGCGGGCGUCAUCGCCGUCGGGCUGGUCGGCAGGGGCUACAAGUGGGCCCUGCGCGCGACGUGGGCCGUCACCGCGGCCGGCGCGGGCCUGCUCGCGCUGCUGGGCCCGGAGUCGUCGCGGCCGGCACAGAUGGGCGUGCCGGUCGUCUGGGGCAUCGGCAUCGGCGCCCUGAUGCGCCUGCUGCACCUGCCCAUGCAGGCCAGCGUGCCCAGCGUCGACGACACCGGGGCGGCCAUCGGGGUGUCGCUGGCGGUGCGCCUGUUAGGAGGCCUGAUCGGCCUCGCGAUCGGCUCGACGGUCUUCAGCAGUGUCUUCGCCUCGUCCAUCGCCGCAGUCUCGGAGCUCCCGGGAUCACUAUCGAUCUUGCGGGACGCAAACCAGGCGAUCGGGUUCAUUCCGACCUUGCGGACCUUGGACAUCCCACACGGAGAGUUGACGCCAGUCCUGGACGCCUAUCUGGAGGCUAUGCGAGCUAUCUUCUAUACUAUGACCGGGUUUGGUGCGGCUGGGUUUGCAUCGUCGCUCUUUACGGAGGAGUUGACUCUGAACAAAACGGAACGGGGCCGACAAGCAUUUGAGGAUUAA